GAUGCAAGGAUUUCAAAUCUCUUAUAUACAAGGGUAAAGCCUGCAGCGUCACUUCCUGGCUCCCGAUCUCUUGAGUUGGUUUCUGUGUUUGUAUACAUCUUUACAAACAGCAAGAAAGAAGUAAGGGGUCGAAAUAUACCGCUUGUCGUACUACUUUUCGAUGUGAAUCGCUCAAAUCGCAACUGUAGUUGUGCUGAGUACGCUGGCCAUUUGAGUCAUUCAAAAAUAUUUUUAGCAGGAAUAGGGGCGCUAGCGGGUGAAUUGACCUAGAUCACUGGGGAGGGGUACCUGCAUGAACCAUGAAUUGGCAACAGUGAUCACAUCUCUUUAAAUACAGCUGCCGACUCUCGUCCGCCAUAACAAGCUGCAGCAGACGAUACUGGUCAAACUGUCACCGUUAUCUGACCUAUGAUCAAAGUUACAGAUAUAAGCCAAUACCUGUUGAUUAAACGGGAGAUAAAACCUGUCGGGAAAUCGCCCAUAGAAGCAGAAACGCACACCUGCACAUUGAUCAGCUGACCAAGUUCAUGACAAUGGCGCUGCUAUGGAUCUUUGCAGUUCUGUCGAUAUUGGUGUGUUCUGCAAUGCCUCCUUUCGGAAACAGCUUCUUUCCAGGACUAAUAAAUGGUCGCUGCAGCUUAUCAGAACCCUGUCGCAUCAAAAUUCACCUGCACCGCACCUCCACCACCACGGAAACCGCUGAGCAGUGCAGGUGUCCUCCCAGCAACCCUUGUUCCUCGGACUGGGAGGGGGACGCCAGCCGCGUCAUCACCGUCAAGCAUUUAAACGAUAUGACCAUGAGCAUGAUGUUCUGCAGCGAAGUUCAGCCUAGAAUACUGUGCACUGACAAUGGCACGGCACUGCAACUCGCUGAGGUUUCCAUACUUCCUCAAAAUGUUGAGUUCUUCACCUGCACAUGCGCAGAUUCGCGACCGCUUGUUCUGGACGAGACUUACAUCGAUUAUGACCAUGCCACGCACAUGAAAUACAGUUGUCCAGAGUUCAAGAGGCAAUGCAACAUCCAAGGACCUAACCGAGAUGAAUGCAUGUCGACCAACGAGGACGAGACUCGUACACAAUAUCCUUGCGAGUGUCCCACAGACACCAGUUGCGACCCUGAUCGGUCCGUUCGGGACCAGACAAAAUUCUUCUGCAGAGAUGUCAGGCAGUAAUCGUCUGUUCUGAAGAAUGUAGGCUAAAACUCGAGUUUGGAAUACAUUGGAAAAAAACUCUUCUUGAGAAAGAAUACUUGAAAUCAAGAAAAACUGAUGUGCUUUAAAUGCUUUCUUAAAUAUGUUGUUAUUAUUAUUGACAUUUCUGUAAAUUUGUUUUAACAUUUGUCAAAAACAUAUACCAAUGCCGUCAUCGUAAGUAGUUAUAAGAACCCAUGUCUUAAUGAUGCUGACAUUUGCGAGUAAUAAAACCUAGAUUCUCCUCUAGAGGCACGUUUUACGAAUAUCAGAGACAAGUUCGAUGUUCCAGCUUAGCUACAUGUUCCACCCCUAUUAUUUCGUGCAAGAACUACAGCUCACGUGCACAAACGAACAAUCAUUCGCAGCCCCAUUCCUACCAGCUUAGAAAUAAUGCGGUCACGAAGUAUUUAAAAAAGGACACACGUACAACCUUCACUGUAUUGGUGACAGGCGCUUACCGU